AUGGAUAAAACUCGUAUGCAUUAUGUUCUUAAUUCUUAAAUACAUAUUAGUGAGAGCAACAGGUAGUAGUAAUUAUGCUUGGGCGAUUCAAAUACAUCUGUAAUUUGUACAUAAUGUGCAGCUGGAUAUUUCUUGGUUGGUAUGAUACAAUAAGAUAUUUUAUUAUUAAUAAUAAUAUUAAUAAUAAUUAAAUUAUUUAAUGAAUAUUCAAAGCUGGUAUAUGUAUUCAACCAAACAAUUGUGCUUAGAUGAAUUUAGUAACAGGUACUUGUGAUACUUGUGUGGUUGGUUAUUAUUUCACUCCAAUUCCCAGUUGUAAAUUCUGUAAUCAUGGGAUUACUUCCUAAAUAUCAAUUAAGUGAUUUACAAUAAAUGUCUCGAUAAUUAUAAGAUAUGUACAUCAGGGUAUCAAUAUAAUUUUAUAAUUAACAUAGUUAUACUUGUGCUCAAUAUAAUGAUUAAUACUAUUAAAGUUCCACAUAAUCCAAGUCUGAUUUGUCCAGUAUUCAGAAUGAUGCUAAUGCUGGAUAAUGCUUUGCUUGUAGUGCAAAUAUAACCAAAUGUAUAAAAUGCUAGAACUCAACAAUAUGUGACAAAUGUUUAGAUGGAUAUUAUUACACUGCCUCAUCAGAUUAAUCUAAUAAAGGCACUUGUACCAAAUGUAUGGACCUUUGCUUGUCUUGUUCAAAUUCAGAUACAUGUGAUACCUGUGACACUGUCAAUAACUAUAUCUAUUUACAAACAACUAUCUAAAAUGUAAUUUAUUUAUCAUAAUAUUUAGGCAUGUGCUCUAUGUACUAGUAUCUCAGGAUAUUAAACAUGCUCUACUUAAGGUGGUCAAUUGACAUGUACUGCCUGUUCAACUGGUUAUUUGUUUGAUUCAAAAAAUGUGAUGUUAAUUGUGCUUCCAACUAAUGUUCUUAUACUAAUAAUCAAGUCUAAUGUAGCAAUUGUGUUUAAUACUAUGUAUUGAAAUCAAACACAAGCUGUAUUGCAUGUCCAACUGGAUGUUAAUCUUGUUCAUACAGUGAUUAAGCUUAAACAUAAAUAACAUUUGGAUAAUGCUUUGAUACUUACUAUAAAGAUGAUAACGGUGCAUGUUAACUAUGUUCUUCAUCUAUAACCAAUUGUUAAAAGUGUAGUUACAAUAGUUAAAUACUCCAAUUGUAACUUGCUCAUCAUGUUCAACAAAUACUAAACUUACUAACGAUUCAUUAUUGUGUAAGUCAGCUCCAGCAAAUUGUCUUAGUUAUACAGUGACAAGUUCAACAAAUACAGCUCAAUGUGGUAUUCUUCAUUUGAUGCAAACUACAUAAGAUGUUCAAAGAGCAACGGCACAAUUACUAUUAUUUAAUGCUAGAAUGAAUAUUUCUUAUUUAAUAAUACUUGUGUAUCAGCCAAAGAAUAGAACAUUUAAGCAGCUAAUCUGAAAUUAUAAACUUGCCAAACAAUUGCUACUGGUAAAUAAUGUUAAUCUCGUUUGCCAGCCGCUUUGAGAACAAAUCCUCCUUAAAGUGGAGUAUGUUCUUAUUGCAACUGUAGUUCAAAUAAGGGUGGCUGUACAGCAACUGUUUCUGGAGCAAAUUCUAGUGUGACAUGUUCACCUCAUCCAGCUUGUUUACCAGGCUUUUACCUUAAUGGAUCAUCUUGACUUCCAUGUCAAUCAACAGCAAGUGAUAUCUAAGGGUCCGAAACCUGUUGUGGUCUUGGAUUAAUUUAACUUCUGGACACUGAUAAAUGUGUUCCAUAAGGUGCAACUGAAAAGUAAUAACUAUUGGCAUCAAAUGCAAAUGGUUAAACUUGUGAUAUGGGCUAUUAUUAUAACACUAACAACUUAAAAUGUGAGAUUUGCAUUAGCAAUUGUGAUUCUUGUGCCGAUGCUACCCCAUGCAAAACAUGUUCUCUCAACUAUACAUUACUCAAAACUAGUAAGGGUGUAUCAUAUGUGUUGAUCAAGUGUCUUGUAGUUGAUUCUACUAAAGGAUGUACUGCUUGCUAAUAUGGAUUCUAUUUAUUAAACAUUAAUGGCAUUGGAUAUUGCUUGUAAUGUUUAUCUCCAUUAACUAAUGUAAUAUCUAAAGUUAUUUUCUAUUAGUCAAUUUGCAGAGCCUAUUCCAAUUAAGCUCCUAAUGUUACAGUUUCACCUGCAGCUUCAGUAGCAGUAUCAUCCAAUCCAUCCUAUGUUUGUGACAAUGGAGAUUAUUGGAAUAGUUAAUACUGUUCUCCAUGCAAACCAGUGCCAACUACUGGUAAAAAUACUUCUCCAAUGGAUAUUGUAUAUGCUCAACUUGAAUUGGUAGUAUAACUUCUUUUUGCUUCUUAAGUCUCAACAAAUGCAAAUCCAUAUUUCAAUAAUUUCCCCUCCUAAUGUUCAGCCUGCACAAAUCUAAUUGUAUUACAUGUACUGGUCCCACCUGUUUGUACUACUUGUCAAAAAGGAUACUUCUGGCAAACCUGAUAAUAUCUUU